AUGGCCUAUGACCUCUUCAUUGCCAUCUGUAGACCCCUGUACUAUGGGACCCUCCUGGGCAGCAGAGCUUGUGUCAAAAUGGCAGCAGCUGCCUGGGCCAGUGGCUUUCUGAAUGCUCUCCUGCACACUGGGAACACAUUUUCCAUACUCCUCUGCCAAGGCAAUGUAGUGGAGCAGUUCUUCUGCAAAAUCCCCCAGAUCUUCAAACACUGUUCAUACUCCUACCUCAGGGAAGCUGGACUUCUUGGGGUCAGUCUUUGUUUAUGGUUUGUAUGUUUCAUUUUCAUUGUGGUGUCCUACAAGCACAUCCUGACUGUUGUGCUGAGGAUCCCCUGUGAGCAGGGCUGGCACAAUGCCUUUUCCAUGUGCCUCCCACACCUGGUUGUCGUCUCCCUGUUUCUCAGCACUGCAGCAUUUGCCUAUCUGAAGCUCCCCUCCAUUUCAUCUGCAGCUCUGGAUCUGGUGCUCUCUAUUCUGUACUCAGUGGUUCCUCCAGCACUGAACCCACUCAUCUACAGCAUGAGGAACAGGGCAUUGAAGAAACUGGCUCAGUCAGUGCUAGAAAUAUGCUUCCCAUCCUUCCUACCAAGAGGUUCCUAA